AUGUCAGCAUUGAAGUCGGGGAAACCCAUUUGUACCACAGGAAAGAAUUUAGCAGGUCUCUGGAGACCUUCGUUUGUUAAAGUUAACCACCAACUAUUCGUCUUUGGAGGAGGUGGAAACGUGACCGACAAUUUACAUGCUCUCGAUUUAUACACUAUGCGCUGGGAUGCAGUUCAAGCAUUAAAAGGCAAAGCACCCUCUAAAAGAUAUGGUCACACAGCAACACGAUGGAAUGAUUCCAUCGUAAUAUUUGGUGGCUGUAAUGAAUUCCAAGAGUAUUGCAAUGAUGUUUAUAUAUUUAAUCUCCACACCUUAACAUGGACAAGUCCGGAAGUGUCGAAUAUUGUACCGGCAAGAUAUCUACACAGUGCAAUGGCCUACGAUGACAAGUUAUUUGUGUAUGGUGGAUUUGCAAAGAGUAUGGAGUGUACAUAUGUAUUAGAUGAAUUAAACGUAUUGGACUUACAAACAAUGAUAUGGACAAAGUACCAAGACGUUCCUCCACGCUAUAAUCACUCGGCUACACUAAUUGGUCAAAAGAUGUACAUCUACGGAGGAAAAGACGAACACGGAAGUACGGUGUCGGAUCUUUACAUGAUCAAUCUCCUUGUGCCGCCUUAUACCCCACACCUUGUUCUGAGCGGAGAGCAGUCAUCGACAAGUUCAAAAAUGGUACUGUUGAAGAGUCAGCAUUUUUGUGAUGCGGUAUGCGGAAAGUUGCUGGUCUUUGGACGAUACCUUUCCAAAAACCAGGAAACCAAUCACAGUAGCAGUGGAAUUAGUGGCAGUAGCAAUAGUAGUAAUAGCAGCAGCAGCAGCAGCAGCAGCAGUAGCGGCAGUGGUAGCAGCAGCAGUGGCAGCAGCAGCAGUGGUAAUGGUAUCCCAGAGGCGUCUUACAGUUUAUGGAUGCUAGAUCUUGAUACGCUAGAAUGGGAAAGGCAAGAAUGCAACAUACAUUUUGAAGUGGGCGGGUGGAAUUAUUUUACAGCCUUCAAGGAACAAAUGAUGCCCGGGACAGAAGACGACGAUCAAUCGGUAGCCACUGUGAAUAGUCUCUUGUUCCUAGGAAAUACAGACACAUACCGGCCUCAAGGAUAUGAUCAUUUCAGGGAUGCGCUGAUAAUUAAUAGUGAAACUCUUGGACUGUAUGACAUUGGACCUCCUUGUUGCCUAAACCAAUUGUCUCGGCUACUGACAAACCCUGAGCUUUCCGAUUUUGUGAUUGUGGUGUCUGGUGGACAAGAGAUCCAAGUUCACCAAGUGAUUUUAAUUACCCGCUGGCCGCAUUUUAGAAAUAUGUACAAUUCCGGGAUGACUGAGGCUUUGGAACGACGGCUAGAAAUACCUGAGCCUUAUGAGGUAGUGAUGGUCCUUCUAAAAUACCUUUAUAGCGACCGGCUAGACGAAACUGAAUCCUGGGAUGUCCUAUGCCAAGUAUUGGUGGUCGCGAAUAUGUACCUGUUGAGCAGACUGAAGAAGAUGUGCUGCGAGCAACUCUAUCGCCGUCAUAUGUCUGUCGAGAGUUGUGGUGCCAUCUUUGAAAAGGCAAUAUUGACUGACGAAGUUGGCCUAAAGAUGCUUACGCUUGACUUUAUAUUCCGUAAUUAUGGAUCUGUUCUCAAGUCAAGCACUCUUAUGCACAUGCCACUGUUGGUCCACCAAGAGUUUUUAGAGGCAAUACCAGAUGAAGCAGUCUUGGAUAUUGGGCAAAUGCGGGCAAGUAAUACGACCAAGCCAAUCGGGGGAAAGGCUUCUGGGCUGUCCAAGACAUAUUCAACGCCAAGCCUUGCUUAUUCUUCAUCUGAUAACAUAUACCACACCCAGACUUAUACUUCUGUUAAUAUAGUCAGAGUUUCAACAGACAAUCCAGUGGGUGCGACAGAUGUAAUUAUUGGUAUAUAG